GCCCCGCCCGGUGACCGUGACCGUGACGGAGGACUGCGAGGAGGCCGCUGCGCGGCGGGAGCGAUGGGGGAGGAGGCGGCGGGGGUGCGGACCGAACUGGUGCGCGAGGCGGAGGUCAGCCUGCUGGAGUGCAAGGUGUGCUUCGAGAGGUUCGGCCACCGGCAGCAGAGGCGCCCGCGCAACCUACCCUGCGGCCACGUGGUCUGCCUGGCCUGCGUGGCCGCGCUCGCGCACCCGCGGACGCUGGCCCUCGAGUGUCCCUUCUGCAGGCGGGCCUGCCGAGCCUGUAACACCAGCGAUUGCCUGCCGGUGCUGCACCUUCUGGAGCUCCUGGGCACCACCCUGCACGCGUCCCCCGCUGCCCUCAGCGCCACCCCCUGUACACCCGGGGCUCUCACCUGCCACCACGCCUUUGGUGGGUGGGGGACCCUGGUGAACCCCACGGGGCUUGCACUGUGCCCCAAGACCGGACGUGUAGUGGUCGUGCACGACGGUAAAAGGCGGGUCAAGAUCUUUGACUCUGGAGGAGGAGGCGCACAUCAGUUUGGAGAAAAGGGGGACGCAGCGCAAGACGUGAAGUACCCACUGGACGUUGCUGUCACCAAUGACUGCCACGUGGUUGUCACCGACGCUGGCGACCACUCCCUCAAAGUGUUUGAUUUCUUUGGCCAGAUCAAGCUGGUUGUGGGAAAGCAGUUUUCUCUGCCUUGGGGUGUGGAGAUCACCUCUCAGAACCAGGUCCUGGUGACUGACGCAGAGGCGGGGACCUUGCACCUGCUGGAAGUGGAUUUCCCCGAAGGAGUCCUUCGGAGGAUUGAGAGAUUGCAAGCUCAACUGUGCAAUCCCCGUGGGGUGGCUGUGUCUUGCUCCACCGGGGCCGUCGCGGUCCUAGAGCAUCCCUUGGGGAUGGCAGGCUGUGUCAACACAAGGGUGAAAGUGUUCAACUCCACUAUGCAGCUGAUUGGCCAGGUGGAUAGCUUCGGGCUGAACCUCCUCUUUCCCUCCAAAAUAAUUGCCUCCGCCGUGGCCUUCGAUCACCAAGGAAACGUGAUUGUUGCUGAUACCUCCGGGCCAGCCAUCAUCUGCUUGGGGAAGCCUGAGGAGUUCCCAGCCCUGAAGCCCAUGGUCACGCAUGGUCUUUCCCGCCCUGUGGCGCUGGCCUUCACCAAGGAGAAUUCUCUUCUGGUGCUGGAUACUGCAUCCCAUUCUAUAAAAGUCUUUAAAGUGAUGGAGGGUAAUGGAGGGUGAUGGGGAUGCUGGGGCCUGGAGUCCGAAGUCCUGUUGUCAUUGGGAGUGAAUUGCACCCUGGGCGAGUCAAUUAUCACUCAUCCAUCCAGGCAGGGAUUAGUGUUAACUGCCUGGCACAAGUACCAGAUUUGCGGCAGUCAUAACUGCCUAAUAAGACUAAGAAUUAACUUUGUCAUUUAGUGAAUGCCUAUUCCCGAUGUUAAGAAAUGUGCAAAUCUUAGUUUAUUUGUUCCUUAACACACAGUGGUGUAAUUUUUAUUAUUAGUCCCAUUUUAGAGAUGGGAAAACAGUCCCAAAGAAUUUAAUAUGAUUUAUUCAGAGAUGUAUAUACCGGGACAGUCGCAGAUUGAACUCAAUUCUCACUUCAAACCACGUGCUCUUAAAUACGAUGUCAGAUGUCAAAAAAAAAA